AUGACAUCUGUGGUGCUGCUUAUCAUCCUGGGAGUCCUCUCAGGAUCAAGCCAUGGAGCUGGUGUGCUUCCCGACAGUCUUGUUGCAAUCGUUGGGAAUAGGGUGAUAUUUAACACAACGGUGACUCCCCCGCCAACACCGUUCCUGGUUAUCACCUGGAAUGUUAUGGAUGUCCUUGGUACCUCUACCAAUGUGAUAACCUCAAGCAGCGUAAAUGUGACGGCACCAGCGUAUAAAGACAGGAUCACCCUAUUCACCCAUACUGGAUCUUUGGAGCUGAGAAACGUGACCCUGAGAGACAGUGGAGACUACAAAGUCACUAUCAUACCAGCUGGUGGCACUCAACAGAGAGGAACAUGUAGACUGCAGAUACACGAGCCAGUCACCAAUGUGGUUUUGGUUCCCAGCACCACAGACUUACUGGAGUCCACCAGCUCUGUCACUAUGUCCUGCUCCUACUCGACCGGAUCAGGACUUUCUUUCCUCUGGUUGAACGGAAGCUCUGAGAUCACAGCAAGCAACAGAAUUCAGUUCACUGAUGGAGGCUCCAAGCUCACCAUAGUUGGCGUGACCCGCUUUGACCAGGGACCAUUUAAGUGUCACGUGUUUAAUAUCAUCAGUAAUGGCACAAGCAAUCCAGUCAACCUCUCCAUCAGCUAUGGCCCGGACAGCAUCCAUCUGGCUACAUCACCAUCACUAGAGUACUACAAAAAAGGGUCAAACAUCAAGAUGUCCUGCUCCGCUUCAUCCAGACCUCCUGCAUUCUUUCAGUGGUUUCAUAACGGAGAGCCUUUAACUGCUACCGGUCCGCAGCUCAGACUGCGGAACGUUCAGGAAAACCAGAGCGGGAACUACAGCUGUCACGCCUCCAAUAACAAAACUCAGAAAUAUCAAACUCAGCUUUCAGCUAUAACCAUAGUGGCGCCAAUUUCAUUUGUGGAGAUCAAGGCUAAUACCACAGACAUUUUGGAAUUCAGUGGUUCUGUCAGUCUGUCCUGCUCCUACACUGGCUCUUCGCCCUCCUUCGUCUGGCUGAACAGCAGUUCAGAAGUCACAGUCAGCGAGAAUGUUAAAAUCACUAAUGGAGGCUCAGUACUCACCAUAGUCAACGUGACCCGCUAUGACCAGGGACCAUUCAGGUGUCAUGUGGUCAAUCCAGUCAGUAAUGGCACCAGCAAGCCAGUCAACCUCUCCAUCAGCUUUGGACCAGAGAAUAUGAAUCUGACUAGAUCUCCCUCUCAAGAACACUACGAUGAAGGUUCAGACAUUAUCCUCGUGUGCUCUGUUGUCUCUGGUCCUCCACCACUGUUCCGUUGGUUCCGAAAUGGAGACCUGCUGUCCCACACUAUCCCGAAGCUGCAACUUAUGAGGAUUCAGAUGCAUCAGAGUGGAAACUACAGCUGUCAGGCCUUUAACAACAAAACUCUGAGAAAUCAAACAUCGGCGCCCGUAGCUAUUUCUGUGAGGAGAUUCUUACUGCUUUUUAAUGGGGCAUUCAGUGUCUGCUUGUUACAUGACAAAUACUAUGAACUGAGAGAUGCAGAAAUCUCCAACGUGGUGAUUAUUGCCAGCACCACAGAUGUGACAGAGUUCAGCAGCUCAGUCCGUCUCUCCUGCUCCUCCAGUGGAUCUUUCCCCAGGUUUGCUUGGCGGAAUGGCAGUGCUGAGUUGACGGUCGGCGAACGGGUUCAGAUCAACGACAAAGGCGACGUUGUUACCUUAAUUAAUGUGACCCGUUAUGACGAGGGACCUUUCAGGUGUUUAGUGUUCAAUAACUUCAGUAACUCCACCAGCCAGCCGGUGAAAAUCUCCAUCAACUAUGGACCAGAAGGCAUCGAUUUAAAGCUAUCCCCUCCACAAGAAUAUUUUGCGAGGGGGUCCAACAUUAGCUUGUCCUGCUCAGCUGCAUCCAGACCUCCUGCCCUGUUCCAGUGGUUUUUCAACGGAGACUUGUUGUCUAAUACCAGACCGGUGCUCAAACUGAGGAACGUUAAAGAUAAUCAGAGUGGGAACUACAGUUGUCGGGCCUUUAACAAAAAAACUCAGAAAGACCAAACAAGCCAACCAUCAUCCAUCUCCAUACAGUCACCAGUUUCCAAUGUGGUUCUCACGUCAAACAUCACAGUCAUGUUUGAGUUCCACUCCGUCACAAUGUCCUGCUCUUUUUCGACGGGAUCAGAACUCUCUUUCCUCUGGUCGAACGGCAGCUCUGAGGUCAUGGCCAGUGAGAGGGUUCAGUUUACGGACGGUGGUUCCAAGCUCACGAUAGUCAACGUGACCCGUUUUGAUCAAGGACCUUACAGGUGCAACUUGUCCAAUGGCAUCAGUGAUGGAGUCAGUCGGCCUGUGCAUCUUUUCAUUCAGUAUGGGCCUGACAGCUUGACCAUCGAAGGCCCGGACUCAGUCCACAUUGGACAACACACAAUGCUCCACUGCUCCAUCAUGUCUGUACCGACAGCGAGUUUCACCUGGCUUUUUAAUGGAAACGCAGCCAAUGUGCACGGGCCUGUUUAUGUCAUCGAGUCAAGCAGGAGCUCAGACGCUGGGAAGUACACCUGCACUGCCCAAAAUGCCAUAACGGGAAAGAGUGUAACAGGACACCACGAGUUAGCCGUUUUGGCCAUGUGCACAGCCCAGGGCAUUCUACCCCCCGGGCCUUUGAGUGGUGCCGUGUCUGGUACCGUCACCUUCACCACCACCCUCGAACCGCCUGCACGUCCCUUUCUCUCUGUCAGCUGGACCUUCAAAGGGGCCAAUAUCAUCACCUCCACCAGCAGCGACAUCAUCGGGUCGGGUUACGAAGGCAGGAUCACGUUGGACAGAUCCACUGGGAGUCUGGUGCUCACGCAGCUGACGAUUGCCGACAGCGGGGAGUACUUGGUCACCAUCACACCGGACGGAGGGCUGCAGAUGCCCGUCUCUGGAGCGACCAUCCGAGGCCCCACCACCAUCCUGAUAGAAGACAAACACACAGCCAACGUCACCUGCGAGGCCUCCGGCUCAGUCAGCUCCAGAGUGUGGACGAAGGACGGCCUUCCUCUCCAUCCCAGGGCCACGCACAGCUUCUCCGCAGACAACUCAACGGUCUCCUUUCGACCCGUUCACAGCUACGACCAUGGCAGCUACCAGUGUCGGGUGAGCAACCCAAUCAGCGCCAUGACUGCGGCUCUCAACCUCAUUGUCAACUUUGGACCACAUAACAUGUCCAUCAUGGGUCCUUCGGCGGCCCCACCUGGCCACAGGGUGACACUGACGUGCAAGGUGUACUCUUUCCCGCCCGCCACCUUCAGCUGGUUGUUCAACGACAACACAACCCAUGUCAACAGCUCGUCGUACGUCAUCGAACGGCUGGAUGAGAACAGCGAAGGGAACUACACGUGCACGGCCAGGAAUGCAGUAACCCGGCUAGAAAACUCCUCAAUACUACACCUGAGAGGACAUUUUGCUUUGCAGAGCUUCACGUCUUGA